UUUGUCAAGCCGUUAUAUGCAACUAGAUUUUUCUUUGGUAUAAAUCAUCUUUAACUGUUAAAAAAAUAUUUUUUGUUCGAUAGUGUUACUUUUAUUUAUCGAUAUACAUUUUCUUUACUUUCAAGUAUCAGCGAAUGGAUUCGGCUUUGUGUGAGACGAGUGCGAUCCAUGACAUCGUCAUCUCCGGAUUUUCAGGACGUUUUCCGGAAUCUGCCGAUGUGGAUGAAUUUUACAAGAAUCUCCUAAACCAUGUCGACAUGAUUGUUGAUGAUGAAUCGAGAUUCCCACUUGGCUAUUUAGGCAUCGGAAAGUUUGGCAAAGUAAAGGACCUGUCAUCAUUCGACAAUGAGUUUUUCAGUCAACCUAACGCCGUAGCAGACAACAUGAGUCCAGAUGCCAGGAUUUGCUUAGAAAUGACUUAUGAGGCCAUAAUCGACGCCGGUGAGAGCUUAUCUAGUUUGGCCAACUCCAGAACAGGUGUUUUUCUGAAUCACACAAGUUACAACAGUAGUCCAGCCUUUUCUACAGACUGGGACAACCUGUCUCCCUACAUCCUCAGCGGCUGCCUGCCAGCAUUGAUAGCCAACAGGAUCUCCAACGUUUUUAACUUCUCGGGUGAGGAGAACGUGCAGCGCGUGUCUUGA